AUGGGAAGUCGACCUGGCGGACUGCACGACGUCAGCAACAAUGAGCGUCUCUCGUCGAGCACUCAGCGGCCCCAGUUGGCCCCGUCCAUGUCUGCUCCCGCCGGCCGCUUGCCGCGAUUGCUUCCCGCCGAUCUUUCAUCGUACACCGAUUCAUACCUGCCUACCGCGGCCAUUCCCACGUCCGCGACUUCCCUCGCUGAACUCGCCCAUUUGAUUCGCCUCCAAGGCUACCAGGAGCAGCGCAAGGCCCACUCGCGCGUGCGUCUGCAUCGAUGGCUGGUCUCCAGUGCCCUCUCCGCACGUCUGGUACAUUGCGGAGAGCUGGCCUACCGCACCCUGGUCGACAACUUCAGGUCCGAUGACAAGAAAGGCUUUGCCUCUCUUUAUAACGCCCUUAACGAUGUUCGAAACUCAUGCGACGCAACACGGCAGUAUGCAUUGCUCGAGCCUGAUUUGGAGUUUGCCAAAUCCAAAAACAUGCGCGGCGACAAAUCUCUCUCUUCGUCUACUUUUCUCAACGAAGUCCCGUCCAAGAUUUUGGACGAUCUCCUAGACUUUAUUUCCGAAAUUCGUACCAACCCAGAUUUCCUUGCUGCUCGCGUUUCCAGCCUUUCUCAGCAAGAACUCGCGUCUUUGUCGUCAUUCCGCCAGGCGUUGGACCCCAUUGAUUCGGUCAUGGCCAUGCAGGCCCGUGGUAAGAACGUAGGCUCCCAGAAGCCCAGCCAGCAAGGCAAUCCGGUGGAGCGUCUCCUCUCCUUUCAACGACAUGAUCCACUUGCAGCACUCAUUUACUCUAUUUUCGCCAACUCUUCGGGACCGGAUUCCGCUGAGGACCUUCGCCGGACGGAUGUUUGGGCUACUACUUGCGCCAGGCUUAUCAAGGACAACAAGCCAGGAUCCGACAAGUUCGUCAAGACCGUCCUAGACGUAUGGGCUGGAAUGCGCGAAUGGCCCGGCAAAUCCAAUCUAGAGCUUUACCUGAUGCAAGCCCUCCAAGAUGGACAAUUUCUCCUGGAGAAAGCCGAGGAACAAUCGGCGCGAGCAGGAGUUCAACCAGUAGCGCGCAGCACCAAGGACACCAUUGCCGCCGAUGAGUAUUUUGAUAGAGUUGUGAAGCGCCUCUUUGAGGUCGUAGACGACGAGCCCAGCGCUGGAGGUAUCCCUGAAGGAGUCCUCGAGAUUGGAAACGCUAUUCUCCGCAAACUGGACGAAGAAAAGAACGUACGCAAAGCAUCGCAGAACUUCUUUGUGUCGCGAUGGCUUUUCUCUACUUUUCUGCUGAACGCUAUCAUUCACCCUGAGACCCAUGGAAUUAUGGUAGGCCACCACAUCAGCGAACACGCGCGCCAGAAGAUCCUCAAGGAGAUUGCCAUCCGGGCACAGAAAUAUGUAUUGGACAUGACCUACAAUUGGUACGAGCUUUCCUUUGGUUUCUUCCUCUUCCAAACCGCUGACAUGGGCGAUAGGCGGCAAGCAGUGCCUGUUCUUCCAGAAAUCCGCACUCACAUCGAGAACAUUCUCGCCAGGUUCAAGCACACCAAGACGCCCGCCAAGCCAAUUCUUCUACCCGCGAAGGCCAUCACUUCUCCGCGAGAGACUGUCGAGGUGCAGCCAUUCAUCGUUUUGUCUCCCUCCGAUAUCAUUACCAUGGUCAAUACGCUGUUCCCAGAACGUAGGCCAUCGUCGAGCCACAUUGACCAACAAGCUCAACGUCGUACUGGAUUGGCCUCGUCCGCUUCUUCCAUGUCCGGCGUUUCUAUGCCUUUCCGCAACGCCGCUGCGUCUAUGACGGAUGCGAGCUCCGUUCUUAGUGCAAGCGCAUCCUCCAUGACUAGUGAUCAGACCUCCCGGGAGCCACUUUUGGACAGCACUAGCACUCUGCCUUUGGAGGAACGCCCAGCUGAACUGAAGGUUGCACCAACCGAACUGUACGGAAGGCGUUUGAGAACCGCAUGCUCCGAAAUGACACGAAUCCUUGGCGUUGAGGCGACAUCCGGCUCCUGCCAUCCUUGUGCUGAGCGCUGGGCCGUCCUCUACAUCUCAGCAGAUGGAAAGCAGCUGAAAUCUCGCAUGCGCAAAGACUCUGACGACGAAGAAGAGCAUGACGAGGACUCACCUGACAGUGAUAGCAGCGACGACGAGGGAACUGGAGAUAGGAUCGAUCUCGAGAACGACUACCACCAGUUGAAGGAAGCUAUUGUAAAGCUUGUCGAAGAGUACGAAAUACCGAAAGAAUUAGCGCCGGACAGCGAGUCGAAGAACUUCAGUAACCGCAUGACAACCCGAAAAGGUGGUCGAGGACGAGGAAUCGUCCGAAGUGUCACCGAGAACCUAGGAUCGCGCAAUCCAUAUAACCAGGGCCAAAGUCAGAGUCAGCUCACGAAUCUGAUAGCCAGUCAGAGGAAUGUGCCAGCCCGGCAUCGCUCACCACAAUUUCCAAGAAGCAACAGCAAUCCCCAGCUCGGGGAGAAGCAAGAGAACAGCUCGGUCUUGGUCACCAUGCUCGAGACUGCCAUGUACCAGUGUCAAGCGCGAUCGGAUUUUGUCAACGCACAUCUUUACUACAAGACCCUCCAGAGCCUUCGAAGACUUACAUCACCAACAUUGGUGAAGAACGGAUAUGCCGCACUUCUCAACUACUUUUCUCGUGGUCCACGAGACUCACUCGGAAAGGCAGCGAACGCGAUUGAAGAGUUCGAAGCCUGGUUCGUAUGGCUCAAGCAGUCUCAAGAGCGAUCGGAUGCCAUGAUCGAAGAGAUGAUGCUUAGCUUCAAGAAUCUACGUGACAAGAUGUGGUACAUCAGUGAUGUCCGCGGUUCAGCUGUGUACGAAGAAGCUCGCAAUGUGGCCCUUGCUCUCAAGAUUAUGGGGCAACCGACAAGGACGCUCGACGGCAAACCAAUCCAGGGCCAACGGUCUCGUCAAUAUUCCAAGUCUUCGAAUAACAACUUCUUGAUGAAGGGCGAAGCAGUUCUCGUAGACGUCAUGUCGGCAUCGCAGGACUUUGGCGGACCCAACAAGCUAUCUGAUGAGCAGUCAGAGAUUACGCUCAAGUGGCUGACACAGUAUGGUGUCGAGAACUUCUGCAAGGGCGAGGAGAGGAUACACCGCUUCUGCCUUGAGGUGGACAAGUGCGUCAACAAAAUCGUUGGAGAGAACCUGAUCGAGACCCCUGUGCUCUGGGCUAGCGACCUCUACAAGCGGGAUCAGCAGAUACUCGAAAGUGGACGCCAGAAGGGAGACCUCUUCCUCACAGGCGUCGGAACUUUAUCCAUUGCAGGAGAUGAGGAGUACGAAACACAUGGCCGCCCAGGCUCCAGAAACCUCGAUUUCGCGCAGCGUCCCAGCCACAGCAGUCUCAGGUCUGCAGCCAACCGUAAUGGCUCCCAAGCUAGCUUCGACCAAAGCCCGUGGGCACGAGGCCCCAUGGACGCCCAUGAUUAUUUUGGCGGUUCGUCGCCCGUGUUAUCUAUUGACUCUGUUUCAACGUUCUGGUCGCCAUUCCAGACCCAAGCACAGUCACCGACAAGUGCCACCAGCAUUCGUCCCCGUACCGCUUCAUCUUCCAAGGGCACAGUCAUGCUAAAGCAGUCCGCAAGCGUCAAUGAAGACAAGCGCAGAUUCAUGCUCGAGCUGAAGCAGACGCUCACUGGUCUGCUACUUAGCGAUCUAGGAGCAGCCGUUUUUGCCAGCGGAAGCGAGACUGAUUCUUGGUUUGGCGGCGACAUCAUAGAAGACUGCAUUCGUAGGCGAGACGAAGAAGAGCGCAAACGCAAGAAGCAGCUCGCUAAGAAGAAAAGCACGAAGAACUUGCGAAAACAAGUUGUGCCACAGGUCGUGCCGGACCAACGCAAUGUUCCUCUAGAGGCUCUUGGCCGCACAGAGCGCAGUCAGGCCGCGCCACCAGUUGCGACCUACCAGCACGCGGCAGGCUCAGAUGCCCAUCACUCCGCUGGUGAACAUUCUUCCACAUCAAGCGAUGCCACAUCGCGAUCAACCGGAACUACCGCAGCGAAGAAAGCUGGGUUAUUGGAGUUCCCCUACAAUGUCGCUUUUCGUCGACUUCUCAGCAAGUUUCAGACGCAUCCCAACCCUUACUCGAAGUUGCACGCACUGUACGAGUUGGAGCUGCUGAUUGUCGCAUCGCUGUCAUCUCGGACUAGCAAGUCGUACAACAAUCGCCGUGAUGCACUACCAACAGUUCCUCAAUCACCGACCCUGGGCCCCAUGCCGGAGCUGAGCUCACGCGAGCCUGCCACCCAUACAAAUCGGGCCCAGAAUCUGGAGCAAGCGAUUGCCAACUGCGAGGAACGUCGUUCCCAAAGCAUGACACAAGACAGAGCCAGCAACGCCUCGCCGUUACCGCGCGUGGGCGCGCGUUCACCUAUCGGUCCGCCCAGCACCGACAUGAUUGUUGAGGUCAUUCAAGGUCUUUUGCGAGACGCCGACAUCCGUCCAAAAACGCUCUUCCGCGAUCUCCAGUACAUCGCCUCAUUCGUUCCCGCACAGAUGCUCGACAAGACUGCUCGCGGCAAGGCAUUCUGGGACGUCGGUCUUGCUGCACUGGGUCUCAAGAUGGACGUAUGUCGCAUCAUGCUGGAGCUUGUCGACGAAGUCAUCACACAAAACAGCAAGCGCGACGAUAUCGUCAAAGCCGGUGCCGCUGAGAAAGCUUCCGCCACCAUUCCCCCACCAGCCGACGAGCCACUCUCGCGCUACACAAUGGAAGACGCAGCCCGCAUGCUCGUCAUCACCGCCAAAGAAGGCGAUGCCGUCGCCGAGCGCGAACUCGCCAUCUUCUACCUCACCACGCCCGAUCUCCUACACCGCACUGUCCUGCCCCUCACCAAGCCCAGCGAGGUCUUCAAGACGGAACUCCUCAACCGCGAGAGGAAGGCGAGCAACGAUGUCGCGCGAUCCGAUCCGAUGACUAUGUGUGUCGCACAGCACUGGAUGGAGCAAUCCAUGCGCGGCGGUGACAACCUCGCCGCCAAAUACCUGCGCCAGCGCAGCGAGUUGGAGAAUAUCCCCGCGCGGUCCUAACGGCGUUGAAAUUCUUCUUGAGCGAUACCCCAAACCUCCCGUUAUUUCUGUUUCUCUGCGCGCGCAUGUUCGUUACGAAAUCUGCAUGCAUGCAUAGCGUGGAGUUUUCUCUUAUUUCCCAUCGUUGUUUUCAUCAUUUUUGCAUGAUUCCCCCUAUUGCCUGGCUCUUAUUUUUUCCCGGGCACGCGCUCCCCGUUGUAGAUGUUGUCCCUGGACAUGGUGGAUGAAUGGACGGAUGGGUGUGUAUAUGGAAAUGGGCACAUAUAACGAAUCACGGCCACGGGCUCUCUGGGAUCGGUCGGUAUCUGAUCAAUUUUUCCGUCAUCUCGCAAUACCAAUAUAGCGUAGACUUUUUUCUUUUGGGCAUAAUAGGGGAAAUUUGAAAGUUGCAUUAUU